ACAGUAAUCAGGUAAAAAAAAAGCCAUAUAUUCUAAAAUCAUUACUAUUAUUUUGAAAACGUGUUCUAUACUUCCUAAAAAUCAUAAAUUAAUAUUUAUGUUCCCAUUCUCACUCAAAUUAAUAUCCUAUCUCCUUCAAGCAGUGUUUGCUAUCAGGAUCAUCAUUUCACUUUUAUUUUGUCAUUUAAUAGCUGUGGUUUAUUCCACACAGUUACAGUACCAAAACUUGUAAUCUAAUAGUUUUUCUGUAAACUAAACUAUGGAUACAACAUGACACAUCUCGGAAAUAAAGCACUAUCUUUUAUAUUUAUUAUUCAUAUUGAUCCAUUUAAGAAUAUUACACGAUAUGUGACACAAGUCACAUUUAACUUUAAUUUCAUUUCAUAUCUGUGCAAGCAUUAUACACUUAUAUAUUUUUUUAAUAAUACGAAUGUAUUUAAUUAAAAAAAAUUCUAACACUAAAGCUAACUCAAAAAUUCACAUUCAGUCGUCAUUCACCCACCCGAUGUUGUUCUGGGUGACUUCAUUAAGCGGAACACAACAGAAGAUGUGGAGGAAAUCUUCAUCAGCAUCUCCUCUUGUGCUCAACAGAGGAAAGAAAGUCACCACAGGUUCAGAACCACUACAGGGAGGGCUGAACUGUCCCGUUAGGGUAAAGAACAUCCCAUGAUGAUCAGUUACAAAAAAAAAAAAAAAAAAAGUUAUGUGACAUCAUCACAACUCCACUCCUCUCUCCAAAAAGAGCUGCUGCAGUUUCUCCUCGAGAGCUGCACUGGUGCCACGGAGCCCUUUUACCACCCGAGACGCCCACACAAAGUAUUCUUGAACCCUUUCCGCUGUCCAACCUGUCAACACAGAUGCAAGACAGUAUAAUUAGAGGCUGGAAAUGUAUUCAUCUCCGGAGCAGCAGUUUUAAAGUCUCACCUGUGCGAGUGCAGCGAUUGAGGUCCCGCAAGUUAUACAACUUGUCAGCUAGUUUCACUAGCUUGGCCUGAUGGCUGCGGUGCGGUGCGUGCUCCACUUGCAGCCGUAUUAUGGAGACAGAUUUGUUUUGUUCUUCCACUAGAUAUUGGUGCAAGUGAAUCCAUGAUGAAAAAGAAAAACCAAAUUUUCUCCGCUCUUUCCCAUAUAUUAGCAUUACUUGAAGGCUUUGAGACCCGUGAAUGUAUCACCUACACUGAAGAACAUAUCAACAGACAGGUGUCAAUGAUUGACAGUCUAAGACUCCUUUGCCUGUUGUCCAUCACAGAAAAUGGUCUUUUGUCCAAAGACUGUAAAUCUCUUAAAGCUCAGUACCUUCAGAGUUAUUGUAUAGAGCACCUGCUGACGUUUGCAAACCUGAGGCAGCUGGGUCUGCUGGAAGAACAGCAAGCAGAGAAACACUGACAGUGAUGGAGAGUAAAGUGGGGAAACUCGUCACUGACAAGACUGUAGGUGUUGGAGAGAGAUGGUUGGACAGGUCUGGAGGAGGUUGCACGCAUGCUGAAUGGACAGGAAUUUGCUGUAAAAGGU